GGCGCGGCUUGUUCAGACGUUUUCUGUCCUGACGACGAAGAUCAUGUCGCUAAAGUUGAUAUUUCUUCUAGGAUGCUUUUUAUUAUUAACCGUCUCAGUGAAGGCACAGGAUGAUGAAGGUUCUGAUGGAGCUGAUCCUAAUGCUGAAGAACUCUGUGAAAAUAGACCCGGUGAUGAAUAUUUCCGGCUAAGUACUGAUGGUGAUUGCCGAGAUGUCGUGAGGUGUGAUAAAGCUAGUGAGAUAGGAGUCAUCCGACUAGCUACAGUCAAGUGUCCAACAGGUCUGGCCUUCGACAUCGAGAGGCAAACGUGUGACUGGAGAACUCAUGUCAAGAAUUGUGAUCAGCUUGAAAAACCACGCAAGAUUCUUCCAAUUCUAAAAACCGACGAGCCAGUUUGUCCCGAAGGUAAACUUUCUUGUGGUAAUGGAGAAUGUGUGGACAAAGAGCUUUUUUGUAACGGAAAACCUGAUUGUAAAGACGAGUCUGAUGAAAAUGCUUGCACUGUGGAAACUGAUCCCAACAGAGCACCUGACUGUGAUCCAACUCAAUGUGUUCUUCCUGAUUGCUACUGUUCUGCUGAUGGUACCCGAAUUCCCGGUGGCAUUGAAGCAACUCAAGUACCUCAGAUGAUUACCAUCACCUUCAACGGUGCUGUUAACAUUGACAAUAUCGACCUUUAUGAAGAAAUUUUCAAUGGCCAACGACAAAAUCCUAAUGGAUGUCAAAUUCGUGGAACAUUUUUCGUUUCUCAUAAAUAUACUAAUUAUUCGGCAGUUCAAGAUUUACAUAGAAAGGGUCAUGAAAUUUCGGUCUUCUCAUUAACACACAAAGAAGAUCCACAAUACUGGAGCCAAGGAAGCUAUGAUGAUUGGCUUGCAGAAAUGGCUGGAGCUCGAUUAAUAAUUGAACGAUUUGCUAACAUCACUGAUGGAUCGAUCAUUGGAGUUCGUGCUCCAUAUCUCAGAGUUGGUGGAAAUAAACAAUUUGAGAUGAUGGCUGAUCAAUUUUUCGUUUAUGAUGCUUCCAUUACUGCUUCUCUUGGUCGUGUCCCUAUCUGGCCUUAUACUCUCUACUUCCGAAUGCCUCACAAGUGUAAUGGUAACGGCGGAAACUGCCCAUCAAGAUCUCAUCCAGUCUGGGAAAUGGUAAUGAAUGAACUCGAUCGACGUGAUGACCCAACUUUCGAUGAAUCUCUUCCUGGUUGUCACAUGGUUGAUUCUUGCUCUAAUGUUCAAACUGGAGAACAAUUCGCUCGGCUUCUUAGACAUAAUUUCAACCGCCACUUCAACAGCAACCGUGCACCUCUUGGUCUUCAUUUCCAUGCCUCUUGGCUUAAGAGUAAAAAAGAAUACAAAGAAGAAUUGAUUAAAUUUAUUGAAGAAAUGUUGGGCAGACAAGAUGUCUAUUUCGUUACUAUGGUCCAGGUCAUAAAAUGGAUGCAAACUCCAACCGAAUUGUCAGCAUUGAGAGAUUUCCAAGACUGGAAAGAAACUUGUGAUGAGAAAGGACAACCCUACUGUUCUCUCCCUAACGCAUGUCCACUAACAACUCGGGAACUUCCAGGAGAAACUCUUCGUCUCUUCACCUGUAUGGAAUGCCCUAACAACUAUCCUUGGCUUCUUGACCCUACUGGUGAUGGAUUUAAUGUGAAAAAAUAAAUAAAAAUUAAUGAAAAUAUUUUUUAAAUAAAUCAUUGCCAGACAACGGGUCUCAGUGAAGUAGCCGGAUUAAUGAAAGUAUCCUAGAAACUUCCAUUUGUAAAUAUCCACCGAAAAAAUAUUUUUUUUAUCUUGAUGGUGCAUAACGUGGCCCGAAUCUUUUUUUAAAAUAAAUUAUAUAGACUAUAGUUAAAAUCAUACGAAUUAUGUACUUGAAUAACGAGUGAUAUAAUGAAUUUUUUUAAAUAUUUUCAAGUACAAAACUUUUAUAUUUAGACGAUUAUUAUGAGAAAAUAAAAUAAUUAUUUUUCUACAAUAAAAAAGAAUUAAAAAUUUUUGUUAAUUUUGUAAUUGCCACGUUAAGUGCUAAGACUUUUUCACUAGAAAGUAAGUCAUGUUUAUUUUUUAAACAUAUUAAUGUAUUAUCUUAAAAUAAAACAAGAGAGCUUGAAGUAUUCUUCAAUGUGAAAAGAAGUUAAUAAAAAAAAAUUUUUUAAAUAAA